AUGAGAAUUAAGAAGAGAAAUACCAGAGGUAAUGCUAGAAACUUCAUUACCAGGUCUCAGGCCGUUCGUAAACUACAGAUCUCUUUAGCUGAUUUUAGAAGAUUGUGUAUCUUCAAGGGUAUUUACCCCAGAGAACCUAGGAAUAAGAAGAAGGCUAAUAAAGGAUCUACGGCUCCUACCACUUUCUAUUAUUAUAAGGAUAUUCAGUAUUUGAUGCAUGAGCCUGUAUUGGCCAAGUUCAGAGAACAUAAGACUUUUGCUAAAAAGUUGACUAAGGCUCUAGGGAGAGGAGAAGUGUCAGCAGCUAAGAGAUUGGAAGAGAACAGACCUAACUAUCAAUUAGAUAAUAUCAUCAAGGAACGUUAUCCAUCUUUUGCUGAUGCCUUGAGAGAUGUGGACGAUGCCUUGAACAUGUUGUUCUUGUUCGCCAACUUGCCAGCUACCGAUCAAGUGUCUUCUAGAAUCACACAAAGUGCACAGCAAAUGUGUGAUCAAUGGUCUGCAUACAUUGCCAAGGAAAGAUGCGUACGUAAGGUAUUUGUUUCCAUCAAGGGUGUUUAUUACCAAGCCAGUGUAAAAGGUGAAGAUGUCAGAUGGUUGGUACCAUACAAGUUCCCUGAAAAUAUUCCAAGCGAUGUCGAUUUCAGGAUCAUGUUAACUUUCUUGGAGUUUUACUCUACUUUGUUGCAUUUCGUUUUGUUCAAGUUGUACACAGAUGCCGGUUUGGUAUAUCCUCCGAAGUUGGAUAUUAAGAAGAACAAGCUGAUCGGGGGAUUAAGUGCAUACAUCUUGGAAUCUAAUGAUGAGAAGAGUUCGUUGGCUGUGAAACCAAAGGAGCUAUCGGAAAACGUUGAAGUUCAGGAAUUGGGAGCUAAUACCUUAAAGACCGCUUUGAAGGCAGACUCUAAUGAACAUGACGAAGAGGAACAAGACCAAGACCAAGAACAAAAUGUGGAAGACGUUGAAUUGGAUAAAUUUGAAGAUACUAAUAAGAACCAAGGUGACCAGUUAGAACAACCUUCUAAAUUCGAUUCUCCUGUUGCUACUUUGUUCUCGGAAUUUGUAUUUUACGUUGGCAGAGAAGUUCCAUUGGAUAUCGUAGAAUUUUUGAUUCUAUCAUGCGGUGGUUCUGCCGUCAGCGAAGCUACAUUGGAUCAACUCACUGAUAAACAAGACAUAGAUUUAUCCAAGGUCACACAUCAAAUUGUCGAUAGACCUGUAUUAAAGAACAAGGUCGCCAAUAGAACAUACGUUCAACCUCAAUGGAUUUUUGAUUCUAUCAAUAAAUGUGAAUUGGUUCCAGCAAACUUAUACUUACCAGGUGAACCACUCCCACCUCAUUUGUCACCAUGGGGUGAUUCUACGGGCUACGAUCCAACCGCUGAAAAUGACGAAGAUGUCGAGGGAAGCGAUGCUGAAGAAAUCGACGAAAGUGCAGACGAGGAUGCAGAAAGUGAAGAAGUCGAAGAAGAUGAUACUGCAGCUGUUGCCUUGAAUGAAGAUGACGAAGAUGACGAAGAUGAGCUAAGGCAACAAAAGGAAUUGGAGUUAGAAGCUCAAGGUAUCUCGUACUCUGAGGCUAAGGAUGUCAUUGACAGUGAAAGUUCUGAUAAGAAGAAGAAGAAGAAGAGAAAGGCCACUGAAGAAGAGGAAGAAAAGGAUUUGAAAUUGAUCAUGAUGAGUAACAAGCAGCGUAAGUUGUACAAGAAGAUGAAGUACUCCAACGAGAAGAAAGACGAAAAGAUUGAACAACUAAAACAAAAGAAGAAGCAAAUCGCAAAGACCAAAGCUAAGCUGGCAAAACUUGACAAGAAAUAA